AUGUUAUACUUUUGGAAUUUUCGAUGGUUAAUAUUACAAUUUAUAUUCGGUCUAUUUAAUAUACACUAUGUAAAAACAGCUUGGCCCUUGUCAAAUUUUUCAAGUAUACAAUUCUUAGGUCUUUUUCCAGACGCAUCAAACACAUCCGAACCUACCACAUUAUCUGUUCACUCUCGUGCUAUGUUCAAAGCAGCAAUAAUGCUUUCUCAGCAAUAUAAUAUAACAAUUCAAGGACAAUAUUUUGGAUGGAAUGCAGCACAAACAGAUGGAAAUGUCAUGGAUGCUUUUAGUAGUACUUGUUUGGCAGUAUCGACUUCAGACGUUGUGGGUAUUGUGGGCCCUGCAUUUUCAAGAGAAGCUCAUACUAUUGCUGAUUUUGCUAAUAGAGUUAGUAUACCUGUUAUAUCAUAUUCUGCGACCGAUCCUGAUUUAUCUGAUCGGAAUGCAUAUCCUGCUUUUUAUCGUACAGUUCCUUCAGAUAAUACAGCAGCAUUCGCAAUCGCGAAAUUAUUCAUUCGAUUUAAUUGGACAUCAUGCAUAGUUAUCUAUCAAAAUGAUGCAUUUGGAUCUGGCGGUGCAAAAGUAAUCAGCGAGGUAUUUAAUAAUAAUGGUUUAGAAGUCAGUGGCACGAUAAUAUUUGAUAUUGCAACACUUCGUAUUCGUGGCAACUUGAAAACCUAUUUAGCCAGUAGUUCAACGCGAAUUGUACUGUUAUGGACUGAUCCAAUUUAUACAACUUUAAUUUUACAAAAUGCAUUAGAUUCUGAUGUACUUGGUCCACAAUUCACAUGGAUACUAAGUUCAAGUGUUCCGUUGCAGUCUUUUAAUCAGACAUUCAAUGAUAAGUUAAUUGGAAUGUUUAUUAUUGAACCUGUCAUUGGAAGUGUUGUCAAUGCACCAAUCAAUAUAACAUUGUUAAAUACAGCAUAUAGUAUUUGGCAACAAUAUGAGCCUGAAUCAUUUCCUGGACCGACGAACGUAAAUUACUAUGCAUAUUUUGCAUUUGAUGCGACUUGGAUGUUAAUUCAAUCAUUACAAGAAUUUUGUUCAACACCGAUGAAUAGCUCUACUUCAUGUAUAUCAUUUAUCGGUUCUCCAUACUGUUUUGAUCGUCGUCUUAGUAAUUCUAAUUCUCUUUUCGAUAAGAUUACGAAUACAAUAUUUCUUGGUGUUUCUGGUCCUAUACAAUUUAGUGCCAAUACAACAGAUAGAACAAAUGGUACAUACUAUUUGGCACAAAACGUACAGCCUUCCGGCAAUGGUAUAAAUUAUAUGUCGGUUUUAGAAUGGUCUCAAUCUAAUGAAUGGGAAGUAUCUACAGAAAGUGUAAUUAUAUGGCCUGGUAAUACAUUGAUACCUCCUAUUGAUCAUGCUAUACUUUCAGGUGUAACUUUACGAAUUGGUAUUAUUGAAUCAAGUCGAUUUACAAUAGUCCAAGAUGUCAUAGAUACAUAUGAAAAGAAUAAAACAGAAUUAACUGGUUUUGUACUAGAUCUUAUUAAUAUUUUACAAAAUCAAAUGGGAUUUAUGUUAGACUGUAGCUAA